AUGGCAGAGGGCACAGAAAUUGAGGAACGAGUGGAUCUUGAUGAAGACAAUUAUAUGGAAGAGAUAGAUGAUGAUGUUGAAGAUCAACUAGAUGAGGAUGGAGAAGAUGAUGCUGGAGAUGCACAUGCUGAAGAAAAUGUUGAAGAGGAGUAUGAGGACUCCAAAACUGAGGGCAGUCAGAAAGAUCAAUCUCCAGAGGCAGAUAGAAGCCCUGCCAACACCGAUCUAUUAGAAGAUGAACAAAAGCCCACUGCUUCUGUUAAUGAAGAGGAAAAACAGAAGCAUGCUCAACUUCUUGCUCUUCCUCCCCAUGGUUCUGAAGUUUUCAUUGGUGGACUUCCAAAGGAUGUGAUUGAAGAUGAUUUGAGGGAUCUCUGUAAACCAAUAGGAGAAAUUUUUGAGAUAAGGCUAAUGAAAGAUAAAGACACCGGUGAAAGCAAGUGUUUUGCUUUUGUAGCAUUCAAAUCAAAGGAGGUUGCUCGAAAGGCCACUGAAGAGCUUCAUAGUAAAGACUACAAGGGAAAAACCUUAAGGUGUUCAAUAUCUGAAACUAAAAAUAGGUUGUUUAUUGGUAAUGUUCCAAAGAACUUGAUGGAGGAUGAGUUUAGAAAAGUCAUUGAGGAGGUCGGUCCUGGGGUUGAAGUUAUCGAGCUCAUAAAGCUUGAUGGUCAUACCCCAACUGUCAGCUGGGCUGAUCCAAAGGGCACACCUCCUGAUCAUUCUGCUGCUGCUUCCCAGGUUAAGGCUCUGUAUGUGAAAAACAUACCUGAGAACACCUCUACCGAGAAACUGAAGGAACUAUUUCAACGCCAUGGGGAUGUGACAAAAGUUGUUAUGCCACCUGGCAAAGCUGGAAAACGAGAUUUUGGGUUCAUUCACUAUGCUGAAAGGUCAAGCGCAUUGAAGGCAGUCAGAGAUACAGAGAAAUAUGAAAUUGAUGGGGUUGAUGUUAAUUGGAAUUUGGGUUAUUUGAAGGACCCUAAUGACAGUGAAACCAAAGAUCUUUUGUUCAUUACCAUUAUUCUUGUUCAUCCUCUGCAAUUAGCUUCUGAUAUGUUGGAUUCCUUGCUUUUGGUGGCCAACAUGUGGAGUGGCCCACCUAGGUUGAAGGACUUGUUUAUGAUGUCUAAGGAUAGCAACAAGAUCUCAUGGAGAUUAGAUAUGCAAAUUUUUGAUGCUGAGUCUGGAAUCAAUAUGAAGAGGUUAAUUUAUGUAUCCAUCUUACAUGGGCAUGAUAGUGCUUUAGGUCAGUUGUUGGAGGUUGUCCUUGCUAAGCCUCAGGCUGAUAAAAAACCUGAUGGGGCUUAUCCUUACAAUACUGGAGUUCAUCCAAACCCUGUUCCCCUUCCUGCAUAUAGUGGCUUUGCAGGGAACCCAUAUGGCUCUAUGGGCUCUGGAUUUGGCGCUGCUGCUGGUUUUCAGCAGCCGGUUAUAUAUGGUAGGGGUCCAAUGCCAGCAGGGAUGCAUAUGGUGCCGAUGGUUUUACCAGAUGGUCGAAUUGGCUAUGUUCUUCAGCAGCCUGGAGUACAGAUGCCACAGCCUCGGGCUCGAAGAGUUGAUCGUGGCAAUGGUCCAAGUGGGCCUGGGCGAGCUGAGAGCAUCAUUAAAGAUGCUCUUGUUAACCAGGAGAUGAGUCGGCUGCACAAUUGGAACAGUCCUGCAGCAUAUUUCAAUACUGUGACCUGA